AUGCACAUCGGCCUUUGGGAGAAACACGAUCGACGAAUUAGCAAAGAGCGUAGAAAUAUAUUUGCUGUAAAUUGGGAGCAAGUGAGGAAGAAGAAGAAAAGAGAUGAUGAAAGGAAGCGGGUUGCUGAUCGAAUUGGACGGAAAAAGGAGACAGUUUCGAAGAAACUGGUCAAAGAAUCAUCUAAGCAGGAUCCACAAGAAAAAUGUGACAACAAUGAGUCUUCUCGAAUAAAGAAUAAGCAUGAGGAACGCUCUCGUAAACGGCGCAAUCACAUAAGGCGUCAUAUUCAAGGUGUUGCCCUUGGUUCACUUCCUGAAUGGGAGUCGCCAGUGUUGUCAUGCGGCUGCACUCGCGGUGCGUGCACUUCGGAUUCAGAGUGCGUGAAUCGUGCUCUGCGUGUACAAUGCCCGGCAAAUUGUACAGCACCGCUAUGUUUGAAUAAGGUUGGCGAUUUCAUACCUUUCCUUUCUUCUUUGCCUUCCGAGUUGUUUCUCUGGGGAAUUUUUGGUGGGUCGUUUAUCGAGGAAGGGAUUUCCUUUUUUUUCACCAUAAGUAUUUCCUAUUCGAAAACUGAAACGUCACCUAUUAUUCUCUGUCUAACGUCUCGUCUUUUCAUUGAUGCCACUGUUCGUGGAAAUGUUUCCCGUUUUGUUCGUCAGUCGUGCAAACCUAAUGCGAGGCUUGAAUUUAGUCUAAAUGUUACUGUAUAUGCUUCAUUUAGGUCGGUGAACGGGAAUUAUCGAGCGGAAGUCACAAUUGACAUGAAUGGACUUCUUCCUGUUAGUAAAAAUUGCAACUGCGGUACCAGCGAUUGUCGAAAGCGUAUUGUGAUGGCGCGAAAUGAAGGUGCUGAAAGGAAUCGCAUACAGGUAAGGCACUUCUACAUUUCCUUCUUGAACACGUCAUUGAUACUUUUAUUAUACAGAGUCCGUCGAACCGAUGGCCGUCUUCCGUUGAAGGCAAUACAAGAAAUCGGCCACUGGUUGGACGAGUUGGCGGAUGAUGAUAUUGAACGAGCUUACAUGUCUGUUAAACUAUUUAUUUUGUUUGUACAUUCCUUGUUUGUGUAUAUUCUGAUAUUUAGGGCACUACGUGGGCGAUAUAUUUCUGACCUUGGAAGAUCUGAAAAAGAUGAAAAGCCGAAAAGAGAUCGAAGGAAAGAGAACAGAUUUGUGAAUCAGGAUACAAAUCUCGAGUACAUAGAGUCAAAUUUUCGGGUGCGUUGUGUUUGUGGUUCAUUGGAAGAGGAUGGAGAAAUGACCCAAUGUGAUACAUGUAACUUUUGGCUGCAUAGCGAUUCUGUAGUAAGGGAGUUUUGUAAUUGUCAGACCAGGUGCACUUUUUAUGCUCUUGUUAAUAAUCGCUCUAUACAAGUACGACUCAACGAGACUGUCCACGUCCAGAGAGCUACUGGAGACGAUCACAAGAAAGUACUUAAAAAACUGAUGGAUAUGAGUGAAAAUACUAAGAAGAAUGGUAAAGAUGAACGCGGUGACGACAUCCCGCUUGCAAACUGUGAAAAGUUGCUACCAGAGACUUUCGAUCGGAAGGAUCUGAGAGUAUUUCGUGUCGAGCGGCUUUUCGCUGCACCAAGAGGUCAUCGCUUCGUGUUUGGUUUCUAUUACGCCCGACCUCACGAAACGUUUUGCGACUCGCAAAGGAUUUUUCAUCGGAAUGAGGUCUUUGCCACACCGUUGUACGACACACUUCCUCUUGAUGCAGUUGUUGGUCGGUGUACCGUUUUAGAUCCUUCAACAUGGUGUAUUGGCAGGCCAACAGUGCCAGAAUUUAAGGAAGCAGACAUCUAUCUCUGUGAAUAUCAAAUCGACCGUAACCAGCGUAGCUUUGAGAAGAUUCCGAUAAAAAAUAGGUAUCCGAUCAACACGCAGCCGUAUGUGUUUCGAAAAUUUGAGAAGCCGAUAGCCAUCAAAAGAGAUUUCACUGUACGUGGACUUACGCCUCCGAAGCCGUCACAUAAGGUGGACAAAGAUUCAUCCCAUGCUGUAAAUGCUGGGCGCUUUGUACGUCUUUUUAAAGAUUUUUUAUGUUUUAUUGUCCAUUGUUGCUGUAAGCUAGUGGUUCUCAUCGACUUUAAUAAAAUAUGA